GUCAGUGUGUCUCUCGCUGAGAGGAGGGAGAGCAAAUGUCUCCUGCUCUCUAUUUGUCCUCCUCAUUGGCUCCUCACGGCUGUCCUGCAUGUCCAGAUGUCUUUAGUCUCCGCCUUCCCUUGAGAGUGUGCAGACAGCAGUAAAGGUUAUCACAGGGAUGCUGUAGGAAUUCACUGCAACUCUUUAAAAAGAGUCUUCUCCCAGAGCUUUAUCUUGUGAUCUUCCUGGACCAUGAGCGGUGGUGUGAACUUGAAGACGAUGUCUCAGAGCGGCUCUGGUAUUCCUCUGCCGCGGAGCCUGACCAGUCUCUCCAAGCAGGACACCAAGAGCUUGAGCGGCUCUUUACUGGGUCCUGCUGCCCAAAACCAGCUGGCUGCGCGAACUUCCUCGCUUUCUUCCUCAACCUCAUCCAUAUCUUCUCUAUCGGUCUCAAAGGAGUUACUCAAAGGGACCGGAUCGAGAACUCAGUCUUCACAGAGAGCUCAAGGGACAUCUGGUGGCACAAACAGGCCGUCGUUUGCUCCCCGUUCGGCCCACAGCAGCCCGCAUGUGCCCAAACGAGAGAUGAUUCCAUUCAAAAACAACCUCCGGAGGGGCUCGUUGCCCCAGGAUGGGUUCAGAGACAUGGAGAGACACUCCAACAAGAACUGGAGAUCUGGCCAUCAUCACUUCAGGAGUCUAGACAAUGAGGUUGUUGAAUCUUCUAGAGAGCAACAGACGGGUCAAGCCCUUCGCAAGCCAACUAACGGGAACGUCAUUUGGGAAACGUCAACUGGUGUUCAAAGGGACUUUCAGAAGCAGCGGAUGACAAUGCUGGCUCGUGGUGACAGUUACAGAGGAACAAUUGCAUCUAAAUCCCAGGUGAACUUCUCAAAUGCGUGUCCUGCAGGAAGGGAGUCUCCACGCAUGGCGGCAGUGGCCCCUUUCAGAUUCAGGCUGCAGGUUGGAGAGGACACUGAAGCUUCUCUUGAGGAUCUGAGCGAUUGUUCCUCAGACUCUAUGGAAGUGUGCUGUGAGGAUUUAGAUCCCGAGUCUCAAAGGAAACGUACAGUUCAGAAUGUUCUGGAUCUCAGACAGAACCUGGAGGAAACCAUGUCCAGCCUGCGGGGGACUCAGCUCAGCCAGAGUUGUUUGGACAGCAGCGUCUGCUACGACAGCGAUGAAACCAACGCUCGUAGCAUCUCCAGCCUCUCCAACCGCUCUUCUCCUCUCUCCUGGCGCCACGGCCAGUCCAGUCCUCGCCUGCAAGCCGGCGACGCUCCUUCCUCAACGGGCAGCAGCUAUGUGUCGGGCAGCAAGGCCUCGUCUCAGUACACCUCUCACACCAUGCCUGCCCGCUGCUCCAGCCGCCUCAGCCACACGUCACGCAGCGAGUUCAUCGAAGGCCUGGACCCCGGAGACAGAGACCUCAAGCAUGGUUACCUGAGUGAUUCUGAUGUACUUUGCAAGAGCCUUAAUGAUGACGAUGAUGACGACAAUCUGGCCAAUGGUUGGGACGAGAGCAGCUCCAUCAGCAGCGGUUUGAGUGAUGCUUCUGAUAACCUGAGCUCAGAGGAGCUCAACGCCAGCUCGUCUCUCAACUCCCUCCCCACCACACCUGUGGGCUCGCGACGCAACUCCUCCGCUAUGUUGCGGACGGAUGCAGAGAAGCGCUCUCUGGUGGAGAGUGGACUGGCGUGGUACAGCGAGGACAGUAAGUCCUUACGGAAGGCUGAUGGAGUUUAUGACACAGGCAGCUUAAAAUCGGAGCCUUCCAGCAAGUGGAGGAAAACUCGGCUGCCGGAUGGUUCUCCGCAGGACAAGGCGGGGAAAGGAGAACUGAAGAAACCUCAGAGUCUUGGACAACCUGGGAGCUACAAAAAGGGCCGCAAUCGUCCUGUGGGCGUCACCUCUCCCAUCACACACACUUCACAAAGUGUGCUAAAAGUUGCAGUCCCUAAAGGAGACACUAAGGCAGUCGACAAGGUGAAGAUGUCCGUCAAAGCAACAGGUCUCCAGCGUUCCCGCUCCGACGCAGGCCGGGACAUCGAGCACCGCAAGCCUCCCUCAGGUCUGGUCAAACCCUCCGCUGGAGGCUCCUUCGGUUACAAGAAACCGCCGACCACCGGAACAGCCACUUUCCUGACAGCAGGAGGCGCUACUAUCACGAGCGGCUCGGCCACUGUGGGCAAAACCCCCAAGUCCUCGGGCAUCCCCAUCAAACCUGUCCCAGGCGGAGGUGGGCGCAAAAACAGCCUGGACGCCAGCGGCUCCGAACAGGGGUUCCUUGCACCCAACGCUCGCGGGAGCAUUCAGUAUCGCAGUCUGCCGCGACCUGCCAAAUCCAGCACUAUGAGCUUGACCGGACGCCCUUCCUCUCGCCCUGUUAGCGGCAGCAUCGACGCCAGUCUCCUCACCCUCAAACCUGUACCGCCUCUGUCCAGCACCAUGCCCACCAGAGGAAAAGAUGGAGGCAGCUUGAAAGCGGCUAGUCGCCCGAGCACCACGGGACCCGUCAACCAAACGGACCGAGAGAAGGAGAAGGAGAGGGCCAAGGCCAAAGCCGACCUGGAGAUCAGCUGCCUGAAGGCCGAGAACCAGAGCGACAGCUGUGCAGACACUGUGGAGAAGAUCCACCGAGUGCGGAGGACGAGCUCGAGUAAAUACCCAGAACUGAGCUCUCCAACCAGCACGCCAAGGUUGCUGAGCAGUAAGUCUCUAGUUCACCCUUCGAGCCUGGCUCACCUAGACAAGCUCAACUCCAACAGUCUGGACUCCUGUAUCACCAUCCAGGACCUUCCACCAAAGAUCCCUCCCUACUCCAAGCUGCAGGACCUGGCGGGCUCCCGCGUGUCCCCUCGACUCACUCCAAGCCCGGCGCCGGUGCUCCACAUCGACUCUCCCAGCUGUUUCUCAGGCCAGGCGCUGUCGGUCAGCAGCUCCCCCAUCCUCUACCCCAAGAUGUCCGGCCUGCACCGCAGCAUGGAGUCGCUGCCGCUUCACAUGAGCGUCCCCAUCAAACAUGAUCUGGGAGACCCUGAAGAAACCAGGAAUACUGGGACGUGGGGCACAAGCAGUCGGACGUCCAUCACUUUGGGCGACAGUUUACAAACUGAUAGGAACACCUUUCCCAAGAAAGGAUUAAGUCGCUAUGGCAACGGCCAAUCAGAUGGUGAAGUGAGGGAGCGCCGUCAUUCCCACACGAUCACGAGCAUGACGGAUUCGGAGAGCCCCCCGCUGCUGCCCUCACCAACACACGUCACGCAGCCCUUCCUGGGAAAAACACCGCCGACCAACGUGGUGGCACCAAUCCCGAGUUCAGGCUCCGGUUCCCAGAUCACACGCUCCAACAGCAUCCCGGCGAAUGACAUGGGCUACGAGCUGUACGGCACGUCUCCUCUGAGCAGCUCUCUGUCCAAGAGCAUGAUGAGAUCUGGAUCCUUCAGAGAGCCGAGUGAGGAUGUUCAUGGAUCUGUGCUGUCUCUGGCCUCGAAUGCCUCAUCCAACUACUCAUCGACUGAAGAGAGAAUGCAAGGAGAGCAAAUCCGGAUACUGAGGCGUGAGCUGGAGACUUCUCAGGAUAAAGUGACCAGUCUGACCAACCAACUCUCAGCAAAUGCAGGCCAGGCUAACCUGGUGGCAGCGUUUGAGCAGAGUCUGGCCCUCAUGACAGCGCGACUGCAGAGUCUGUCAGUCACUUCUGAGCAGAAGGAUUCCGAGCUAGUGGACCUAAAAGAAACCAUAGAAGUCCUAACGUCCAAGAACACAGAAGCCCAGUCCAUCAUUCAAGUGGCCCUCAAUGUCCCCGACACAACACCCAAAGAGCUGCAGAUCGACCGUCAGAACUCGUCAGAGAGCAUCUCCAGUCUGAACAGCAUCACCAGUCACUCCAGCGCCGGCAGCCUGAAGGAGCAGGAGGCCAAGAAGAAGAAGAAGAAGAGCUGGGUCUAUGAGUUGAGGAGCUCCUUCAACAAGGCCUUCAGUAAAAAGGGUUCCAAAGCGCCAUAUGCAGACAUAGAGGAGAUCGCAACCCCGGUCACAUCCGCCCCAUCUUCACCCAAAAUCCACCAUAAUGUGGAUAAUGCCUCCUCUAAAGCCUCGACUUCAACAUCAGGAUCAUGCGAGGGCCAUGAGGACACUGAGCAUGAAGAGAAAGUGGUGUCAGAGUUACGCUCGGAACUAUGGGAGAAAGAGCGCAAGCUGACGGACAUCCGUUUGGAGGCGCUAAGCUCCGCCCAUCAGCUGGAGCAGCUGCAGGAGGCCAUGACCAACAUGCAGAUGACGGUGGAAAACCUGAAGGCGGAGAAUGACCAGCUGAAGACGGUCGGCCCCUCCUCCAGACCGCCGAGCUCCACCUCCCAGUCCUCUGGGCUCGGUUCAUUGGGCAUCUCAUCACCACGGCAAUCGGUGUCGUCUUUCGGCAAAGGACAAAAUGAGCCUUACCCAGAUGUCUUUCAAAGCCCCACCACAACUCUGCAGAAGGACGAAAGUCUCGUCAGAGUGUUGGUUCGCAUACCAAAUCAGCACCUAUUCAAAGACGAGGUGAAACAGUUGGAGUUUUUCAUAGGCACGGUUAAAAUCAGCGGACGCACAGACUGGUUUGCUCUGGAUUCUGCAGUUAUCCAGGCUUUUAAAGAGUAUUUAGCGGUGGUGGACCCCAGCUCCAGUCUCGCUCUCUCUCAGGACUCCAUCUACAGCUACAGCCUGAGCCAUCUGAAGAGGGUUCUGGGAGCUCAGCCGCCCGAGACGCCUCCUGUGCGCCUCUAUAGCAAAGGCUCCUCCUGCAUCAGCGUGACUCUGAAAGGACUGAAGGAGAAGUGUGUGGAUGUUCUGGUGUUUGAGACGCUCAUCCCCAAGCCCAUGAUGCAGCAUUACAUCAGUCUGCUGCUCAAGCACCGGCGCUUGAUCUUAUCGGGCCCCAGCGGCACAGGCAAGACCUACCUCACCAGCCGCCUCGCCGAGUACCUGGUGGAGCGCAGCGCUCGAGAGGUUACGCCCGCCAUCACCACCACCUUCAACAUGCACCGCCAGUCCUGCAAGGACCUUCAGCUCUAUCUGGCCAAUCUGGCCAAUCAGAUCGAUCGGGAGAGCAGCACAGCUGAGAUCCCAUUGGUUGUCAUCUUGGAUGAUGUGCAUGAUGCAACAUCCCUCAGUGAACUUGUUAAUGGUGCUUUAACCUGUAAAUAUCACAAAUGUCCAUAUAUAAUAGGGACAACCAAUCAGCCAGUGAAGAUGACCCCUAACCAUGGCCUACACCUCAGCUUCAGGAUGGUGAUGUUUUCCAAUAACGUCGAGCCAGCAAACGGGUUCCUGGUACGUUACUUGCACAGAAAACUAAUGGAGGCUGAAGAUCCCAGGAGCAUGAAGAAUGAAGAUCUGCUGCGGGUGCUGGACUGGGUGCCCAGACUCUGGUACCACCUUCACACCUUCCUGGAGAAACACUGCACCUCUGAUUUCCUCAUUGGUCCCUGCUUCUUCCUGUCCUGUCCAGUUACGGUAGAGGAAUUCCGCACGUGGUUUAUAGAUCUCUGGAAUCACUCAAUCAUCCCAUACCUGCAGGAAGGAGCCAAAGAUGGCAUUAAGGUUCACGGGCAGAAGUCGGUGUGGGAGGAUCCGGUGGAGUGGGUCAGAGGAUCUCUGCCCUGGCCGUCUGCUCAGCAAGACCAGGCCAAACUCUUUCACCUGCCUCCCCCGAGCACGGGUCCCGGCAGCCCCAGCCAGCCAGGAGACGACCGGCCACAUAAGGAGACGCCACCCAGCUCCGUCGAGUCAGAUCCACUGAUGGCUAUGCUGUUAAAACUACAAGAGGCUGCCAAUUACAUUGAAUCACCAGAGAAAGAAACAGAUCCAAGACUCCCUCCUCUCUGAACAUCCGACUGACGUUCCCAUCAUCUCCUCCAUCUCUCCUGCCGCCCAUGUGGAGGUCCAAACACCUGCAGAUGACACCGUACUGUUACUAUAAAUGCUGUUAGUGCAUUUCACACUCUUAUUUAUUAUAUUAUCCAUCCCACCUUUUUCAUUUCAGUCAAAUGUCCCUUACAGUAAAGUACUGUGGUGGUACCGUGGUACAGUGAUGCUAUCAGAUGGUAAUACCGUGGUGCUUUCUCAUAUGGGGAGUUGACUUGCUCUGCAGUAUAACAUGCUAAACAACCGUUUUAAAAAGCAUUUUGCUCUAUUAAAGUUAUUAUGCAUGUAGCAUGCAUAAUAAUGAGCUCCUACAAAUUGAAAGACUACAUGGAGUAUUUAUACUAUGUGGAAUAUUUGUUCUAAAAUUGGACCAGGACCUUUAAAAUGAACUAGUGAUGGUUAGAAUAGUGGUUAAACUGGUAGAAAAACUUCUGAAAGAAAUUAAGACCCGUUUCAGCACUUAAAUCUACACUUUUCCAUAUGCAUUUAUUUAAUGCAGAAUAGUUUAAAUAUUGGUGGUUCUCCUUAAAACUAUCCAUAGAGCAUGGUGCUGAGUAAAUAAUAUGGUAUUAUCAUGUUAAAUACCACCAGAGCCAGUUUUUCCAUGGUAAAUUUUAGUUUUUACCAUAUGGUACUUUUAUGUAAGGGCUUGCAAAAACAAUAAUUUGUCAUGAAACGUAACUCAUUCUCCCAAAAAAUGAUGAUGAAAAUGAUCAUUUUAUAGCACUUCUAACUGCAUAUUUCUGUUUAUGGACACUUUAGUAUGUAUGUAAUUCUCUGUGUGGGAACCUUUACUGUUCUACUGCUGCCCGUAUUAACAGCUCAAUGAUGCAGGUGCUAAAAUCACUAGUGUGUACUCUUGACUUCAUCUCAUGGCCAUGGAUAAGAGCCAACAUGGGAGGUAUUGGGAAAUAUAUCUCACUUAAUAAUGUAACACUUAAGCCUAUGCUACAGGCCACUUUAGCCUAUGCUGCUUUUUGUACGUUUCAUUUCCAUCACGUUUGAA